AUGAACAUUACAGAGCACAUGAGCAAAUAUUCUCAGUUGCGGCAGAUACAAGCAGUUGGCAUUGUGACGCAAACAGGAGCAUAUUUCUUCCUAGCUGCUCCCUUCUUUCUUCUUCUUCAUCUCCAUGUCCCAGUGGUGGACAUCAGAAGGCUGGUCUUGAACUCAAAACAUGCUUUUGUCCACUUCGGCGUGGAUUCAACGUGGACAA